AUGGUGGCCGAAUCCGCACCCGCGCUCGUCGUCGUCGGUGAGUCCGACGGCGGCGGUCUCGCCCUGCUGUCCACGCUCGUGCUCGGCCCUCGCGGGGGAUCGGAAGCGGCGAACGGGGCGUCGCCCAUCGAGGGUCCCGGUCCGCACGCGCUGCGUCUGGACACCAAGUACUACACCGUGGACGUCGCCGCCACCGUACACACGCUGCCCGACGAAGAUGCCACGGGCGACGAGGCAUUCGGGGAGCGCCCCGAGGCCGUCGUCGCGGUGUUCGAUCCCACGAGGGACGGAUCGUUCGCGAAGGUCACGGGGUGGUGCCAAGCCCGGGACGAUUCCUGGUCGCCGGAGAUCAGGCUGCUGGUGUGCAGGUACCCGACCAAGGGCGCCAUGGACGCCGAGUCCGCGUCCAGCGCGGACGCGGCGGACGACUGGGCCGUGGAGAACGGGUACGAGGCCGUGGCGGUCAUCGCGUCCGGCGGCGACGACGACGAGGCGCUCGAGUUGCGCGGCGACGAGCAGGGGAUGAGGCGGGUGCGCGCGGCGAUUGAGGCGCACGCGUGGCUGGGGCUCGCCAUGAAGCGGGGCGGGGACCCGACCGCGACGUCGAUCGGGGAAGAUGAGGCGGCGGAGGAGCGCGAGACGGCUGAGGAGCUCGAUGGGUCGCGACCCGAGGAGGAGCCGGGCGCGAGUGGCGACGACCUGGAGAGGAUGCUGCGGGAGAUGGCGCGGGUGCGGGCGAUGGGGGCGACCGCUUCGGACUCGGAGCGACGCGCGAUGGCGGCUGACGCGGCGAUGCGGAUGAUGAGCAUGUUCGGUGUCGACUCCGACGAUGAUGGCGAGGACGAUGAGGCGACGGCCGGAGCGGCGUGA